AAAACAUUAAGCAUAUAGUUUCUUAAACAGCAAACUUCCUCUUGAUGAGACAUUAUCAUUUUAGUAUACAUUUCCUUGUAUUUUUUUAGCAAACAAAGUUCUAAUAUAUAUUAUAGUUUUAUAUAUUGUUUUUAUUUUUUUUUACAAUAAACAAUGUCAUUUUUUAAUUUUGGAAAAACCAAAAAAACACUUGUUACAGUUGUUCAAAAUGAAAAUUCGUCAAGUACAUCAUCAACUUCAUCAGGAAUAACAAAAACAUCAUAUCAAUAUAAAUCCAGUGUUUCCAGCAGUGGUCAUGUUGAUGGAGUAUCAUUCAACAGAUCAAUAUCAUCACCUGUUUCCACCAAAUCAUCAUCUGCUCUUCCAUCAACUAAGAAAAUUGAACAAGCUAGUGGUGAAAAAUCUCAAGGAUGCUUACAGAUAGAUGAAAAAUUUAUAAAUGCAUGUUUAGAAAAACAUAAUUACUACAGAGACAUUCAUGGUGUACCACCAUUAAAAAUUAAUGACAAGUUAUGUAAAUUCAGUCAAGAGUGGGCAACUAAAUUAGCAAAAAUGGGUAAAAUGGAGCACAGAAAAAAUUCAGAGUAUGGAGAAAAUUUAUAUUUUAAAUGGAGCUCAAAUCCAAAGUGUUUAGUGACUGGUGAUGAAGCAGUUGUUUCAUGGUACUCUGAAAUUAAGGAUUAUAAAUAUGGCACAGACAGAUCAGCAUCAACAACUGGUCAUUUUACCCAGGUCGUUUGGAAAGACAGCACUGAAUUGGGAGUUGGUUUUUCACGUAACAGCAAGGGAGAAAUUUAUGUUGUAUGUAAUUAUAAUCCACCUGGAAAUUUCAUAGGAUCAUUUGGCAAUAAUGUAUUAAAACCAUGCAAAUAAUAUUAAUUAAAAAAUUAUUCAUUACUAUAAUUAAGUGCUAUAAAUAAUUUUUUAUAUAUUUUAUUAAAAAAAAUAAUUUCAAAGUGUAUUUUAUGAUUAUUUAACAUUUAAAUAAAUAAAUUAAUUAAUAAUAACAAUACAA